AGCAUGAGCGUGGGAAGGAUCAAUCGCUACAGCAUUGUGUCAUCUGAGGAAGAGGGCCUCCGCCUCACUACCAUGCAUGGCAUGAACGGCUUUGGCAAUGGCAAGAUCCACACACGCCGCAAGUGUCGCAACCGAUUCGUCAAAAAGAAUGGCCAGUGCAAUGUGCAGUUUGCCAAUAUGGACGACAAGUCACAACGCUACAUGGCUGACAUCUUCACCACAUGUGUUGAUAUUCGCUGGCGAUGGAUGCUGGUAGUCUUUACUCUGGUGUUUGUUGUCUCCUGGCUGGCCUUCGGCUUAGCUUUUUGGGUCAUUGCUUUGCUGCAUGGUGAUCUGGAUAACCCAGCCGGAGAUGACAACUUCACUCCAUGUGUCCUACAGGUCAAUGGAUUUGUGGCUGCCUUUCUAUUCUCCAUUGAAACACAGUCUACCAUAGGUUAUGGCUACCGCUGUGUGACUGAGGAGUGCCCAGUGGCUGUCUUCAUGGUGGUCUUCCAGUCCAUAGUGGGCUGCAUUAUUGACUGCUUCAUGAUUGGCGCCAUCAUGGCCAAGAUGGCGAGACCUAAGAAGCGAGCACAAACACUGUUGUUUAGCCACAAUGCUGUCAUUGCCAUGCGGGAUGGAAAGCUGUGCCUCAUGUGGAGGGUAGGCAAUCUUCGCAAGAGCCACAUUGUAGAGGCCCACGUCAGGGCACAGCUCAUCAAACCUCGGAUCACAGAUGAGGGUGAAUAUAUUCCUCUAGACCAGAUAGACAUUAAUGUGGGCUUUGAUAAAGGCUUGGACAGGAUUUUCUUGGUUUCACCCAUCACUAUUCUCCAUGAGAUAGAUGAGGAGAGCCCCCUUUUUGGGAUCAGCAAACAGGACUUGGAGACAGCGGACUUUGAGAUUGUCGUCAUCUUGGAGGGGAUGGUUGAAGCAACCGCCAUGACCACGCAGGCUCGCAGUUCCUACUUGGCCUCUGAGAUCCUUUGGGGUCACCGGUUUGAGCCAGUCUUGUUUGAGGAGAAGAACCUGUACAAGGUGGAUUACUCUCACUUUCACAAAACCUACGAGGUGCCGUCCACCCCCCGCUGCAGUGCCAAGGACAUGGUGGAGAACAAGUUCCUAGUCCCCAGCUCUAACUCCUUCUGCUAUGAAAACGAGCUGGCCUUCCUAAACCGCGAUGAUGAGGAGGAAGACGUGGGAGGCGGUGGGAGCAGGGCACUGGCGAACCUCAGUCCAGACCGGAACAGCCGACACGAGUUUGAACGCUUACAGGCCACCAGGGCGCUGGAUCAAAGGUCAUAUCGUAGAGAGUCAGAAAUAUGA